CAGGCAUGGUUGUAACUGAUGCAUGGAUUGGGUUGUAUUCCCCAUACUCGAACAGGACGUAUUUGUGGAUUGACGGCACCAUACCAAAUUUAUGCAAAUGGAAAGCCGGACAACCCGACAAUUGGCCUUCCAGUGAUGGCAGUAAAGAGUCCUGUGGUGAGAUGCGUAAGAACUCAGGCUCAGGAGGAUGGAAUGAUGCCCCAUGCUCCAUCCUUUAUAGGUAUGUCUGCGAAAAGUCGGCAUAAACAGCAACUCGACAGGAAGGAAACUGAGGCCCAAUAGGUACAACAGAGCUGCUUCAAAAGGGACAACCAGGAAGCUGUAGACAUGACUUGAAUUUUCUUAUGUAUUUGUUUAGAUACAAAAAUGAAUGACAUUCACUUUCAAUGUUCAGACACAUGAGUGAUCAUGUAAAACAACAUAGAUCACAAAAAAGACUUGAUAUUCACUUUGCAUAUUUAGAUUAAUGAGUGAUCAUGUGCAUCUCACUUGUUUGUAUUCAUUCAUAAGAAGCUUGUUUCUAAGGGAUGUGGCAGCACUUAUGAGUCACAAAAAAGCUACAAGAGAAUAAACAUUUCAAGUUA